UGAACCUUGUCCCCAUGUUGGUGAACAUUGAAGGACGUGUUUCCUUUUUCUAAAACACAGGGGCGUAUCAUGAUGUCUUUGCUAAGGUUCGAUGGUCGGGUUGUUAUUAUCACGGGAGCUGGACGUGGACUGGGAAGAGAAUAUGCCCUUGAGUUUGCAAAAAGAGGCGCUAAAGUUGUUGUUAAUGAUCUCGGCGGUACAAGGGAUGGGAGUGGAGAGGGUAGAAAUGCUGCUGAUGAUGUUGUGAAUGAAAUCAAGUCAAGAGGAGGGAAUGCUGUUGCAAGUUAUGAUUCAGUGGAAAACGGAGAGAGUAUUGUCAAGACAGCAGUCGAUAAUUUCGGUCGUGUUGAUAUUCUUGUUAACAAUGCAGGUAUUUUGAGGGAUCGCUCCUUCCCGAAGAUGACAGACAAAGACUGGGAACUGGUCCACAAGGUGCAUCUUUUUGGUGCCUUCAAAGUAACAAAAGCAGCAUGGCCAUACUUCAAAGCACAACAGUUUGGAAGAAUUGUAAUGACUUCAUCUCCAGCUGGGAUUUAUGGUAAUUUUGGUCAAGCAAAUUAUAGUGCUGCAAAGCUUGGAUUGCUUGGUCUAAGCAAUACACUAGCUCUUGAAGGCCAAAGAUAUAACAUCUACUGCAAUACUGUAGCUCCGUUGGCAGCUUCUCGUCUAACAGAAAAUGUGAUGCCAAAAGAAAUAUUUGAUGCACUUCAGCCACAGUUCAUUGCUCCAUUUGUUGUGUAUUUAUGUCAUGAGAGUUGCCAAGACAAUGGCACUGUUAUUGAAACUGCUGCUGGAUGGGCAAGCAAAUUAAGAUGGCAAAGUACAAAGGGCAUGCAGUUUAGAAAAUGGGGUGAACCUUUGACAGCAGACAUUGUAAGAGAUCAUUGGGAGGAACUCAGUAACUGGGAAGGUGGGAGUCCACGGACAAGUUCACAAGGAUCUAUCAUGGAUAUUAUGGAAAGCCUAAAAAAUGUGUCACUGCCUGGUGAAAGUACUUUAGGAAACAAGAAAGAGCUCCUUGAUCCAGCAAAGAUCAUUGGUAUCUCCUUUGCAGAAGGGAAGUUUACUUAUACACCUAAAGAUGCAAUACUGUAUGCGCUUGGUGUUGGUACAAAAAUAAAUGAAAACUCACUUAAGUUCUUGUUUGAGGGCCAUGAAGAUUUUAGCGUUCUUCCAACAUAUGGCAUAAUUUUUGCCCAGGAAAUAAUUUUUGAUAAUCUGCAAGAUUUUCCUGGAGCUGAGCUCAUUGAUCCAACUCAGAUUCUUCAUGGUGAACAAUAUAUUGAAGUCCUUUCACCAUUGCCAGCAUCAGGAACUAUGACAACCAAUGGAAAAAUUGUUGAUUUACUUGACAAAGGAAAAGGGGCUCUAAUGAUAGUUGAUGCUGAAACAAAAGAUGAGAAUGGCAAGAUCAUAUGCAGAAAUCAGUUUUCAGUUUAUUUCAAUCGGGCUGGUGGCUUUGGUGGAAAAAGAAAAACUGAUGUUGCUGUACCAUUGGGAGUACCACCAACCCGGGCACCAGAUAAAACUGUGGAGGAGAUGACAAGCCAUGACCAAGCUGCACUGUACAGGCUAAAUGGUGACAAGAACCCACUGCAUAUUGAUAAUAACUUUGCCAAUGUUGCAGGUUUCAAGCAACCUAUCCUUCAUGGUCUUUGUUCAUAUGGUUUUGCACUUAGGCAUGUGUUACAAGAAUAUGCCAACAACGAUGCCAGUCUGUUCAAAUGUAUGAAAGCCAGAUUCAACCGACCAGUAAUUCCUGGGCAGUCACUUGUAACUGAGAUGUGGAAGGAAAAGAAUAGAAUUCAUUUUGUUGUCAAAGUGAAAGAAACUGGAAAAGAAGCUUUAACUGGAGGCUAUGUUGACCUUAAAGGGGAAGAGAGUCACAGUCCAAGCAAUGCGCCACAGAGUCAACUUGCAAGUAAAGUCAUUUUUGAGGAGAUAGCCAAGAAGGUGAAGGACUUACCUCAGGUUGCAAAAAAAAUAAAUGGAAUAUUUGUCUGGAAGAUAACCAAGGAUGGCAAAGAAGCAGGUCAAUGGGUCAUGGACUUCAAGUCAGCUGAGCCAAGUGUGUACAAAGGAUCCUUUGAUGGAAAAUCUGAUGUCCAACUAACAACGUCUGAUGAAGACUUCUCUGCGAUGGCAUCAGGGCAGUUGAAUCCUCAGCAGGCAUUCUUUAAUGGGAAAUUGAAAAUUAAAGGGAAUGUAAUGCUGACACAGAAACUUGGCCAAAUAAUCAACCAACAAGCAAAACUGUGAAUUUUUACCUGUUUGUGACCAGAAAAUUUAAAUACAGUGUGCUUCUGCCUAUUGUGAUAACCUUUAACUGAAAUGUAGUUUAAGAAAUAGAAGGAUUUGAUUAAAUUGGAAUUAAAUUGAAGGAAUUUCAAUCUCAAACUUAUGAUUUGUAACUUUGUAAUUUUUUAAGGUCAUGCUUUGACUUCAUUGUAUAAAGCUUCUUACCACUCGAUUGAGAAGUGCAUGAAUAUGUGCUACAGUAAUGGUGACAGUCUAUAGAAACAGCAGAUGAUUUGAUAAAGUAAAAAAUGUUAUUAUAACAACAAGACAAGUCUUUGAACAUAUCUAGACCAGCAUUUUCUUUGCCAAUGUAACUGCCUUCAAAGCUAUUUGAGAAAAAGCUUUAGUUAGAUGGAUUACGAAACUAUGUCAUAUUCAAUCCAGAAAUAGAAGAGAAUUUUUAUUGGGUCAUGGAUGAAUAAAUGUUCUCACAGCAAUCACUUUUUGGUUAUUUGUUUUGGUCCAUGGUGAAGAUAACUAAAGUAAGUGCUUUAAAACCUGCAACAUUUUAAAAUUUAUGUACCUGUUGGAUGAGAAAAAAUUAAUAGAAAGUCCUUAUUAAAAAGUGUAGUAUCUUGGUAGUAUCUUGAGCAUGCCAGUUUAGGGUACAGCUGGCGCCAAUUUGGGCAAACGCCUGAGCGGUGCUCGCAGGCAAACCAUACUGGACAGAUAACGUCUGCAGACAAAUCUGAAAAAAUAUCUUUUUCAAUUUAGAAUUUAGAGAGAAAAAAUUGUAUCAAUUCAGCUAUAAGUUUCA